AAUAAGUUAUGUUCGCCUUUUGUUUUCCGGAAAAGGUAGUAACUGGUCAAGAUGAAACUUCAAGGAUCUCAAACAUCUUUAUGAGAAGAUCACCAAACUGAGAAGUAUAAUUGAGCAAACAUACCGAAAUUGACAGCUCACAAAACUGGGAACUGCUUAUGCGAAUUAUUGCCGGACGUUUAUGAGGAAUUGUAAAAUGCAGGGCUGGAAUAUCCGAACGAGCUGACAGCCGAUAUGUUCAUGUCAUUCAAGAUGACCUGCUGCAUCUGGACAGUCUGGAUCAUGAUCACAUCUACAAGGUGUUUGUGUAACUAUUCUUCCCGAGACACCAGCUUUUGGAAGAGGAGGAGAGCCCCCUGUUACCUGAUCUGUAAAGAAAUAUGGCCCAUGGGUUCCAACAUCUGCACAUCACAAGGAGUCACCACAUGUCAACAUUGCUUGCUUGUUCACCCUACGUGUGCCUGGUGUUCUCAGGAGGAGUAUGGCAGGGGAGGAUCUGGUGCGUCCCGCUGUGACCUGAAGGCAAAUCUGCUGAAAGGCGGUUGCACGUCAGAUGAUCUGGAGUUUCCCUCCAGCACCGUGAAUAUUCAGGAGGACUCACCGCUCAGCGACAAGGCCUCUGGAACUGCUGAUGAUGUCACACAGAUAAGGCCUCAGAAAAUCCAUAUGGCACUAAGACCAGGAGACUCCAAGCAUUUCACAGUGUCAGUGAAACAGGUAGAGGAUUACCCAGUGGACCUCUACUAUCUGAUGGAUCUUUCGUAUUCAAUGAUGAAUGACUUGGCUCGCCUUCGCACCUUGGGCAAUGAGCUUGCCGUGACCAUGGGCCGCACCACCAGCAACCUGCGCAUGGGUUUUGGAGCCUUUGUGGACAAGACCAUCUCCCCUUACAUGUACACCCAUCCUGCAAUGGCAUUGGAAAACCCUUGCUAUAAAGAUGGUCAGACUUGUGUGGCCCAAUUCGGAUUCAAGCAUGUGCUGUCACUGACAGAGAAGGUGGCUCGCUUCACUGAAGAGGUUAAGAAGCAGCAGGUGUCUAGAAAUAGAGAUGCUCCAGAGGGUGGAUUUGAUUCUAUCAUGCAGGCUGUGGUGUGCAAGGAAAAGAUAGGCUGGCGCCCAGAUGCCUCCCACCUUUUGGUGUUCACUACUGAUGCCAUAACUCACAUCGCUCUGGAUGGACGUAUAGCCGGAAUUGUCCAGCCCAAUGAUGGCCUAUGCCACCUUGAUGUUGACAAUGUUUACAACAAAUCUGCUGUGCUGGACUAUCCCUCCUUGGCACUGAUGACAGAUAAAAUGUCUGAAAACAACAUUAAUUUAGUUUUUGCUGUGACCAGCCAAGUGGUGCCACUUUACAAGGAAUACAGUAAGCUCAUUCCAGGCUCAACCGUGGGAUUGCUGUCCGAUGACUCUGGGAAUGUUAUUCAGCUCAUUGAGGACGCUUAUGCUAAAAUUCGCUCUAAAGUGGAACUGGAGUUACUGGGAGUUCCAGAGGAGUUAAAUCUCUCCUUCAAUGCCACUUGUCAAAAUGGAGAGGUCAUACUUGGACUCAAGUCCUGCUCUGGCCUCAAGAUUGGAGACACAGUGUCAUUCAAUGUGGAGGCUCAGUUACGUGGCUGCCCAAAGGAGAAGAGCCGCACUUUUACUAUCAAACCUCGAGGCUUUAAGGAUUCCCUGGAGGUAACCGUUGACUUUGCCUGUAGCUGCGACUGUGAGGCGGAGGCCCAAGCCAACAGCCCCCUCUGUAGCAACGGCAACGGGACGUACGAGUGUGGCGUGUGUCAGUGCCACAAGGGCCGCCUGGGCCCACAAUGCCAGUGCUCAGUGGAGGACUACAGUCCAUCUGACGAUGCAAACUGUAGCCCAAAGCCUGGGAGCCCAAUCUGCGGUGGGAGAGGCGACUGUUUGUGUGGACAGUGCUCCUGCCAUGACAAUGAGUUUGGCCAGGUGUGGGGCAAAUUCUGCGAAUGUGACGACUUUAACUGCCUGCGCUUCAAAGGGGCACUGUGCUCCGAUCAUGGGAAGUGUGGCUGUGGCAUCUGUCAGUGUGACGCUGGCUGGAAAGGAGAUAACUGUAACUGCUCCACACAGAUAGACACCUGCAUGUCCAGCAUUGGCAUGCUGUGCAGUGGACGGGGUUACUGCCAGUGUGGGGUUUGUCAAUGCACUCAGCCUGGCGCAUACGGAGACACCUGUGAAAAGUGCCCCACUUGUCCUGAUUCCUGUACUUUGAAAACGAAGUGUGUUGAGUGUCAGCACUUCAAGAGAGGACAGUACACUGAAGACAGCAGCUGCAGUACAAUCUGCAAAGAUGAAAUUAAAGUAGUGGAGGAACUGGUUGUCCAUGAAAGCAAUGCAGCAGCAGUGAAUUGCUCGUACAAAGAUGAAGACGACUGUGUUGUGCACUUCCAGUAUUACGAUGAUGAAACUGGCAAAUCCAUUCUGUUUGUGGUAAAAGAGCCAGAGUGUCCUCAGGGUCCAGACAUCUUGGUGGUGCUCUUGGCGGUGACCGGAGCUAUUUUGCUACUGGGUCUUGUCGGCCUGCUCAUCUGGAAGCUGCUUGUCACUAUUCACGACCACAGAGAGUAUGCCAAGUUUGAGGAAGAGAGAUCCAAAGCCAAAUGGGAUACGGCUAACAAUCCUUUGUAUAAAGGAGCCACAUCCACCUUCACCAAUGUAGCAUACCGAGGUACUUAACCAUUCAAUGUAAUGAGAAAAACUCAGGGGUCAACGACACCGAUGGAAUGUAGUAGCAGAGAAAUGGGAUGAUCCUACACUGUAGCUGAAAAGUAGUUCAUGCUGUAAACAACAUGGUGUGUUAUUGUACAUAUUGUAAAAUAACUAAAACUGGUAAUGUCAGAGAUGCUGGCCUGAUUUUAGUUUUUAGGUUUUCUGUUUUCACCCUUUGUCCUGCAAGAUCCUGCAGAACAUGCAGUCAUUAAGCAGUGUGGUCAAAGCUUUUCUUUUGUUGCGUUUCUUAUACAAUUUUGUGUAAGUACUCUUUGUUGUCUCCAUUAACUGCAAAAAGAUACAAUUCCCCCGGCCUCUAGGCUGACUUGGUUUACAGUGAUGUUUGUGAUGUAUAUUGUUUUUUCAAUCAGCAAUGGUUUCUGCACCAUCAUCUUAUUUGUGUAUGUUGGGCUUUUUUAUUUUUCAUUUAUUUCUUCAUUAAUUGCUGAAUUGUAAACUAUUUACAUUUUCCUCUGACCAGCACUAUGUGAAAUUGCAAAGUCAUGCUGUUCAUUUGUGUUAUUUAUAUUGCACAAAAAAUGAUAAUGGCAACAAUAUUCUCCAUAUGGAAGAAUAUGAUGUGUGUUUUGGUUGAACAGCUCUGAAACUCUCCUGGGACAUGACCUGCAAGAUAGCUGCAUAGUUGUCUGUGUUUUUUGUUGCACAUUUUAAAGAUGCCUGGGGUAGUGCUCUAGUUUGUUACACAGAUGGAAGGUAUAAAGAUUAAGUAUACUUGACUUCGACAACUUUUGUAUGAUGCCUAAUAUUUGGAUUUCUUUAAACAAAAUCCAAGCUACUUAUGACCUUUAUUGAGUUCUGACUUACAGUAUAACCUCCUUAAACACAACAUACUUAUGUUUCAGAUAAAAGUUGUCUAAAAAAUGUUUUGGAUGAACUAUACAAUAAAUAAAUACCAUAUAUAAAGAAACAAUUAAGGAUUGGUUAGCUACACUUUUAGAUUCAAUUCAUGCAGGUUCACUAUGAUGUGGGUGUUAUAAUAUGAAAUGAAUAAUAUGAAAUGAAUAUGAAAGACUGCAGCGGCUAAAUAUCCUGUGCUCACAACUGUGAAAAUCUUAUUUGUCAAGUCCUAUCAUAUUUCCUGAAGCAUGACACAUGUCAUUAAAAUGAGGCUGUUAUUUCUGCUCUUGUGAGGGUCUGAUACUCAGUCUGAUACUGUUGUCACAAAACACAUCACUUCCGCUUACAUCCUGCCUGUCACAACUUCCUGUUAAUCACACUGGCCCGAUGAUUCCAUCUAAUGUGUGCUGCAUCCAGUUGUUUUUAUGGUUUGUUGGUACUUCAGUUCCCCUUGGAAAUAAAAUGGUACAUCACAA